UGCUAUAAAUGUUUAAAUGUUGCUCAACUCUCGUCUAGUCUGCUCGUAAAAUUAAAUCCUUUGUAUAAGAUUACUCACUCAGAUUAGUGUUAUCUCACGUUCUUCUGGGUGACAUAACCUUACUCAAUAACGCGUCGUAUCCCAUGUUCUGUCUCUAAACACAGUCAAGGGUGACACGCGUCUGUGUGCUGUGUUUACUUAACGAAAAAUUAAUAUAAAUCUGAUCAACAAUUUUGAGAGAGGACGGAAGCAGCACUUGAGAUCACGCAAAUUUCACCGCAAAGAUGUCGGAAAUAUUUGUCAAGGGUUUAACUGAUCUUCUGGAUGAAGGUAAAACCGUGGAAGCCACGCAAUAUUUUCUCGAAGAUCUUGAGGUUGUUGAAAAAUACUUAAAGGAUGUUGUGAGUGCCAUUGGCUCAUAUCUUACAAGUUCAACGUUGAACGAAAAUGAAGAGGUAUUCGAUUGCUGUACAUUCAUGUUCAUACGCAUAGCAGAAGAAUACAAGCCUAUGGAGAUCAUCUUGGAAUUCCUAGAACAAUUAACGGAUGCGAAUGAUCAUGUAAAGUAUUCUAGCAUCUUGAGUACGUUACAUUUUUGUGUAAACAAAAUAGAAGACAAGGGCAAGAUUAUUGAAUGGUGUAUCGAAGCAAUGAAAACAUAUAUCUCAACUAUAUUCAUGCCAAGUGAAGAAGAAGAAGAAGAUCCAUACAAAGUUAUCAACAAUAUCAGAUGGGUAUACGAUGCAAUCUUAUAUUUCUUAGACCCAUUGGUAUCUGAGGCAAGAAAAAUCAAUUCUACACAGAACGAAGGAUCUCUACUCGGGGAUAGUCUCUUAAGUUUUCUUAUUUACCUGUGUGGGAAACCUUUGUGCUACUUGAAUAAAUAUUUCAUUGAAGAACCAAAAUAUAGACGACAUGUGGAUAUUAUACUGCAUAUGGCAUGUCGUCUUGCUGAUAAUGACAUAUUAUAUUUUGUGGACAUUGUUAGCAAACGUGAAAGAGGUAUUUGUGACAAAGCACAAUCCAUGGAAACUGAAAUUUAUGGACGUCAUAUGCUCUUUGAAUUGAGUGAUAAUAUACCAAGUUUGGCCUAUGCUAAUUUUUAUUAUCAAGUAAUCACUGAGGAAAGAUAUUGGAAAAUGGUACCACAAGUGUACAAUCCUUAUUAUAUUUUGGAGACAUGUGCGUAUUUUUUCAAAAUAUUGUUUUGCAAAGAAUAUUUAGUUUCUGAUGGAAUAAUUUUCAUGGAGACCAUUUUAAAGCGUGUUCCAUCUUGUUCCGUAAACUCUGAAAUGUUGAGACUUGAGAUAUUUACAGAAUUGUUCCAUUCAAUCAUUAAUGUGAUGACUUAUCAUAAUAAUGAUACAGACCGAAAAAAAGCAGUAGAUAUUUUCCAAGAGUAUAUCAAAAUAUUUGAUAUGGAAAGUAGAUAUAAUAUUAUUUUAUAUUUAUAUGAAAAUAGUCAGCAUUCUGGCUUGCUCAGCGUCAUUACUGGCAUAUUUAAAUCUUGUAUCAUUCAAUGUCUGGACUCGAGUCCACAAAAUCCCCAAUUUCUUGGAAAAAACAUGAAGGUGUUAUUGAAAAAGGCUUGCAAUUUGCCACAUGGAAGUAAAUCCGACAUGGUAGAAUUAGGAGAUGAAAUUAUUACUGCUCUGAAUUUGUUGAGAUUCUUGUUUAUUAGAGAUACAAAUAAUGACACGGGUAUCUGGAGUAUGGCAGAUAGUUUAAAAAAUGAUUUCUUACAUCCAUUGAGAGAAGGUAUAGACUUGUGCAAAGCACAUUGGAGAGUGAACAAAAAAGAUUUGGAGCAACAGAGAAAGGAUUUGCAGAAAAGAAAUUUCGAUUCUAAGGAAUAUGAUUUUGACAACACGAUGAAAGUUCAUAUAGACAUUCCGUUGAAUGUUGGUGGUAAAAAAUUACCGAACAUGCCGCUCCCUGAACAAAUUUCCUUUUGUUCUCAAGUGCUAAAUGGUCUAGAUGUAAUGGAAAGUAUUCUUGUUCGAGUUAAUGAAUGCAUAGAUAUACAUGAAAAAUCCAAGGAAAACGUCUAAAAAUAUAAACUCUACUUAAGUACAAAUAAAACCAACCAUGAAAGUUACUAUAUAUAUAUUAUUUAGUUAUGCGUUAUCAAACAUG